AUGGCGGUGAUCGAGUACGUGGUGGCGGAGCUGAGGGACGAGGCGGCGGGGGCCGGGGCGCACGUGGCGGCGCUGGCGGCGCUCUGCGACGUGCUGGCGGUCGCCGCCGACCACCUCUUCGACGCCCUCCCCAUCGCCGAGUUCGUCGCCCGCCUCCCGCGCCUCCUCGCCUCCGGCGAGGGAGACGUGCCGCUCUUCGCCGCGCGUGCCAUCGCCGAGGUAUGCGAGGGCGUCCGGCCCUGGGCGACCAGCUUCGCCAGGUACGGCGCCAUCGAGGCGCUCCGUGACAAGCUCCUCGCCAUCGACUGCAUCGAGCUCGCCGAAGAGAUUAAAUUGAGUACAAUUGUAAGGGUAUAUCCUUCUCUUUUAUGGUUGGUUGGUGUGGAUGUGGUGCUAAAGGAGACGGUUGCUUCGUUUUGUGUGUUUAUACAGUGCCUUCGCGCUCUGGGCGUCAUAUCCAUGGAGUGCCCCAAGGAGUGCCUCAGCCACGGCGUGCCAGCCGCCGUGCUGCAGUUCUUCGACUUCUUCUCGAUGCACAAGCAGAAGCUGGUGCUCAAGAUCGUCGCCAACGUCUUGGGCGACUUCAGCGCGAAGGAUGCGGCCAAGGCCAUGGAGGCCGCGCCCGUUCUGUGCAACCUCCUGCAAUCCACUGACAAGACGAUACUCGACUCCGCCGUUUCUUGCUUGGUUUUGGUCUCUGAUGGUGCUUGCGACAGUGCCCAACACAUGGAAAAGCUUUACGAGCUUAAUGCAGUCCAAGCGACGAUGAGGUUGAUGGAGAACGACGGGUGGAAGAGCCUCAGCGAUGAGACUUUAUCUGGCAUCCUUGGUCUUCUCAAAGACCUAGCUUCUCUCUCAGCAAGGGCUGUAAAGUCUCUUUUUGAGUUAAACAUUUGUGAUUUGCUCAAGCAGAUGAUAACAUACUACACCUCGUCGCACAGUGAUCACAAUAAGGUGCAGACGCUUGUAGAGCUCAUUUAUUAUCUUAUGCCACCUCUUGAAAUGUGUGACCAUCGUACCGAACUAAUCAUUGCAAAGAAGAAUGUCAUCACAGAACAAAGUGGAUACAUCCAACAGCUUGCUAGCAUCCUUACUUUUAUAAUACAGGUUGCGAAAUCUGCUGCACUAUCAUCAAUUUGCUACAGUUGUGUUGUUGUCAUCAGAAACAUUGUUGAAUUAAGCACACCUUCUUCCUUGGUGGAGGUACAGAAGACAGUAAACCUGUCAAGCUUACUUGCUGGCUGGUUGGCCCGGAAGAACCGCCAUAUCAUAUUCCAAACGCUCAACGUUUCGAAGACCCUUCUGAGAAAAGACCAGAAAUUCUUCUUUGAGACCUUCAUCAGGGAGGGUCUAAAGCAUGCAAUUGAUGCAAUACUAACACAGGAAAAAGGAAAGAGCCGCUUGCCAGAAAGUUGCCUUUGUUUUGAUUUAGACUUGGAGACCUCGACAGAUGAUGCAUGCAGGAUUAAUAAUGGUGCUAUCCUGAAACUAGCGGAGGAGAUAAAGAAAAACUUCUUGGUAAAGGUUGCCAAGUCUCCUCACAAGUUUGGGUGUGCUUUUAAAAGCAUAAAGGAAUUUUUUUCUCGUUUGAAUUGUCAUGCCACGGCACCCCCAGCUAAAGAUCAGGAUCUCUGCAAGCAGUUGUCUGAUUUUUCAAGGCAAUUAUUAUCGGAUGAACUGCCAAGUACUUCUACUUUUGAGUUUGUGCAGAGUGGAUCUAUCAAACAUUUGGCAGGUUAUCUUUCCAAUGGGACAUACUUUAAUUCAAAUCUCAGGAAUUGCCAGGACUUGAUAGGGGAGCUUAAGGAGGUGAAAAUCCGGCUGCAGAAGUUCACGCACUUGGCUCUCAGCGUGGACAAUGAAAGCUCGGUGAAGCCACUUGAGAUUUUGGUGGAGAAACUGAUAGAUGCGUUGCAUGUGUGGUAUGACAGUUUCCCUGUAAUCCUGGCUGAUGAACAGUGCACACGUGAGAGCACCAUGAUUCCUCUGAGGGAUUCAGGAACUGAGGAACCAAUGUCACUAUAUAUAAAAUUUUCGAGAUCAGCCAGGGAGGAGGAGUUGGAGGAUUAUGGUGGAGUUCUCCCUGUUGAUCUUUCUUCGACACCUGAAUCCAUUGAAGAGGUCCUGUUGCCUGAGAUCUGUAAAAGAACUGGCAAUGAAACUUCAUACAAGGAAAACACUCAAGAAGCAAAUGGGAGCAGAAAAUCUGUUGGGCUCAGAAAUGGUGACGGGCACAAGUUCUCAAGAUUGAAAUUCUCUUACAAAGGAACACAACUCCAGUCAUCUACACCACUUUUUGAGUCAAUCCUCCGCUCAAUGCAUGAAGGAGAAACCGAUCUCCAGAUUGACCCAUCUUUUUGGGAUAAAGAACACAAGAUAGUAUACAGAAGAAGAAACAAAAGCAAGAAAAUAUCUUCCCAUAGUUCCUACAAUAUUCAGUUGUGCCGUGUGCAUGAAAAACUUGAAAUGUCAUUGCUUAAGGACCCCUUUUUCUCCACCAUACUCACUGGCAAGCUUCCUGGUGAUCUGGAUGAAUCUGAUCCAUCAUAUAACUUCCUGUUCAUGCUGAAAGUCCUCGAAGGGCUCAACCGUUUUUCAUAUCAUCUAUCAAUGGAUGAUAAGUUAUGCAAAUUUGCUGAAGGCUGCCUCCAAGAGUUUGAUGACCUUAAGGUGGCAAUUUGUCCAAUUCCACGGGAUCAGUUCGUGAGCAGUCUACUGACAAAUAAGUUAGAGCAGCAAAUGCAAGAUAGCUUGUUUGGGGAUGGCUUGAUACCCUCGUGGUGUAUCUAUUUGGUUGAAACUUGCCCGUUCUUGUUGUCAUUCGAAGCUCGAUGGAAGUAUUUCUGCCUGACGGCACAUCACUCAUUCAUGACAGAUGAGGCUAGCAGUUCAACAGAAACUAAGAAGUACAGCGUAACACGGAGCAAAAUCCUUGAAGAUGCUUCAUCGAUGUUGAACAAACAUGGAUCAGACACCAAAUUCAUUGAGGUGGAAUUUGAUGGAGAGGUUGGGACCGGUCGAGGCCCAACCUUCGAAUUCUAUACCACAGUUAGUCAUGAACUACAGAGAGUGGGUCUUGGAAUGUGGAGAGGAGACGACACCAGCCAAGAAUGCGAAGCUGGUUUUGUCCAUGCCCCUUUUGGUCUCUUUCCACAGCCAUGGUCCUCAGCAAACACUUCAUCUCAAGGGAUCAGUUUGUCCAAUGUGGUACAAAAAUUCAAGCUUCUUGGGCAUCUUGUAGCAAGAGCAGUUUUGGAUGGAAGGGUUCUGGAUAUUCCUCUCUCGAAAGCAUUUUACAAGAUCAUGCUUGAGCAGGACCUUGAUAUUUAUGACAUUCCAUCAUUUGAUCCCAAGUUGGGCAAGACUGUUAUGGAGUUUCAAGCACUUGUUAAAAGGAAGAAGUUCCUGGAGGAAAGGGCAUCCAAUCCAGCAGCUGAUUUGUCCUAUAAAAACGUGCGAUUGGAGGAUUUAUGUCUUGACUUUACCCUUCCUGGAAAUCCGGAAUAUGAACUUGUCCCUGGAGGUUCAGAGAAGAUGGUGACACUUGACAAUUUGGAGGAGUAUGUGUCUUCAAUUGUUGAUGCAACCUUGAAAAGUGGGAUAUCCAAUCAAAUAGAAGCUUUCAAGGCUGGAAUUAACAAGGUUUUUGCUCUUAAGACUCUUCGGUUGUUCAGUGAGGAUGAGAUGGAGCGUAUACUAUGUGGCGAACAAGAUUCUUGGGCUUCGAACAAACUUGAGGAUCACAUCAAUUUUGAUUAUGGAUAUGAUGCGAACAGUGCAUCAGUAAUUAGUUUCCUGGAGAUCUUGCGGGAGUUUGGAAGAGAGGACCAGCGGGCGUUCUUGCAUUUUACGACUGGAGCUCCUCAGCUCCCACUUGGUGGCCUAGCUUCGCUCGAUCCUAAGCUCACCGUAGUGCGAAAGCAAUGUGAUGGCAAAGUAGACAACGAAUUACCGAGUGUCAAUACUUGCCGGCAUUUCUUCAAGCUUCCACCGUACUCCUCUAAGGAGAUUAUGAGACAGAAGCUCAAAUAUGCUAUCAAGGAGGGUUUAGGCUCCUUCCAAUUAUCAUGAUAAAAGGCUGAAGGUACAACUUAUAGCAGAACGAUGUACAAUACUUCAGAUGAUAGAUGUUCAUUCACGGCUGAUGGCAAUGAUGGAAUUGCACUGACUCACUAAUUUGACUUAGAUUAUCUGAUCUGGCGAUGUUUUUACUUGGGGAAAUAGUUACUUGAGAUGUAACACCAAUUUUCUCCCCUCCUGCUAGAUUAUGUAUAUAGACUACUUCGAUUCUUUCAUUUUAUAUGUCUAUAUGAUAUGUAUUUACACCCCCAAUCUCUGGGGACUGUAUUGCUGCUCUUUGAUAAUGAAUAUCCACCAUUUUUUUAACUCUGAAACUGAUAGUGAUUGACUGUGUUGAUGUAAUUUACGAUGGAUUGAAAUAUGAAUUUCUUGACAAAUCGCCAGUCUGUCGUGUAGGUUGGGAACUCAUUUCUAUGAACACAUGAAGAACUAUUAUGUCUGUACUUGUAACAUUGACAGAAACAUGCACGAGCACUAUGCUAUAUUAAUUUCAGAUACCAAAUUGAAUAUAUAUGAUCCGACUGUCAUAGCCAAACACAAGACCCAGGAGCAUUAGUCACUGAAAAACUUGCGUUACAAAUCCAGAUAUAAUCCAGUGAUCUUGCAUAUAAUCAAAAUCCCCAUCCCAUUUUUCAAGCAGAAAAUAGAACAAA